CACCCACCCUUCUUCAUGGCUCUACUCCCACUCUCAUGACCCCCUCGAGAUCUCCUCCAAUGUCGGCCUGCCACCCAUUACGAUCGCGUCCCCCCGCCCACCAUGCCCGAUCCACCCAAGCGCAUCAUCCUCGAGAAAUCCCGCACCGUGCGGCGCCGCUACCAGCGCAGCAAUAAACGAUUUGAGUUUACGGCGUCGCAAAUCGCGCGCAUUGAUCGCGAACAGGAGCGCGAGAAACGCGCCCAGCAGCUGCGCGACCGGGAGAAGAAACGAGUCGCGAAUAAGAAGAAAAAGGCGGAGAAAGAGGCCAGGGCGCGCGAGGAACGGAGACGGUUGGGUUUGCCCGAUCCGAAUGCGCCGUGUGUGCCGUCUAGUCAGCCGUUGCUGUUUAAUUUCAUCAAGAAGAAGGAGAGUCAGGGGGAGGGAGAGGAUACAGAGGUGGACGGGGAUGGAGAUGGGAAUGGGAGCGAAGGAAGUUCGGAGCUUGAGGAGAUUGAUGAUGCUUUUCUUCAGAGUUUGGAGGUGCCUGAUCCCUCGCCAGUCGAAGCUUUUAGAGUGUACGAAAUGACCGAGGCGGAUAGUGAGGGGUAUGGCGAUGAGGCUAGGGAUGAGUCUACGAUUUGCGACGAGGUUAGAAGUGACCGUGACGAUGCUGGUAAUGAGCAGCAGGAGACUAGGGAGGAUGAAUUCUCCGACUGCUCAAUCUUCUAUGAUGAAGAGCUGAUUAAAGAGACCGAGACUAUCACUGCGCCAAACCAGAUUGCGGAGACCGAACACCAGCCAACUGCAGCCACUGCAGCCACAACCGCACCCACCACGUACGAAUCGUUUCAAGAUGACACGGCGCUCUUGCUGGAAGAAUUUGGCCACGAGUUUGACACGGAUGAGGAAUUUGAACAGGCGCUGGUUGAGCUGGCAGCCGUGUGAUCCGAAUGAUUUAUACUGGAGAUACUUCCGACCCGAUGGCGAUCCGGUCGGAUGUGCCUCGGCUCGGGUGAUAUGCUGCGCUGCCCCGCCGUGAGCUGUAAGCCGUGAGCCGUGAGCCGUGAUGCCGUUGAUCCGACGGAUUGAAGACAGGAAGAUCUUUAGGAUUUCGGUGAGCUGGUAGUGCUGUAU